AUGGAAAUAGUCUCAGUUACAAGAAAAACAAUAUUUCUAAUUCUCCAGAUUUUGAUAUUGCUAAAUGUCUCAUUUUACCUUGUCCAUUGCACAUUUUCAACUCUCCAACUUAAAUUACAAACCUCAGGCCCUGACUCUGCUGCUUUUGAUCCAAAAGGCGAUGGACCUUACGCAUGUGUUGGAGAUGGCAGAGUAAUCAAAUAUAAAGAUCCAAAUGUUGGCUUCACUGAAUUUGCUAUUACAUCACCAAAUAGGACCAAGAAAAGAUGUGAUGGCACAAAUGACCCAAUAUCACAACCAGUAUGUGGAAGACCGUAUGGCCUUGGGUUUUACGACAAAACUGGUGACCUCUACAUAACUGAUGCAUAUUAUGGACUCGUGAUGGCUAAACCAAGUGGAGGGCUCGUUACACGAGUUGCUACUAGCUUUGAGGGCACACCUUUUGCCUUUCUCGACUCACUAGACAUCGACCAGGAAAUGGGAAUCAUUUAUUUUGUAGAUUCAGGAGCCAUAUUCCGAACUGGCAACAGGCUUCUAAUUGCUUUAAGCGGAGAUACAACAGGGAGAUUGUUCAAGUACGAUAUAGCAACAAAACAAGUCACAUUAUUACUAAAUAAACUUUCAGGACCAGCAGGGAUCGCACUUAGCAAAGACAAAUCAUAUUUAUUAGUCUCAGAAACUAUUGCUAAAAAAAAUCGGAGGUUUUGGCUGACAGGUGCAAAUGCAAAUUCAUCGGAUGUUUUUGCAAACAUUGACGGAAAUCCAGAUAACAUUAAGAGGACUGAGUCGGGAGAUUUUUGGGUAGCUGUUGUCAGCAUUAAAUUAAAGUACUUGAUCGUUCCUGCCAUAAUUUCAACAGGACAAAGGAUGAAUGAGAAAGGGGAAGUCGUGGAAACGCGCGAUUUCACAGCUCAAUAUAAAGGUAUUAAUGGGAUAACUGAAGUUCAAGAACAUAAAGGCAAACUUUAUGUUGGGUCAUUAGACCAGAAAUUCAUUGGUGUUGAUGAAAUUUGA